AUGGGCAAAGAGAUGCAAGAAUCAAACUUGUUUAAGCCAAUCACAAUUGGCGAGGUCACUUUGAGCCAUCGAGUGGUGCAUGCGCCAACAUCGAGGUCGAGGUCUACUGGAGAUGGCAGCCAUAUCCCAACAGACUUGAUGCUUCAAUACUAUGAUUCUAGGUCUAAGCACGCGGGGACAUUGAUCAUUUUUGAAUCGUGUUUGGUGUCGCCUGAUGGAGGAUUGGUCCCCUAUAAGUCGGGAGUUUGGAACCAAGAACAAUGCCGCGCGUUGAAGGUCAUUACAGACCAAAUCCACGCCAAUGGAAGCUUUGUCUCGUGUCAGAUAUUUGCUCCUGGGCGUGUUGCCAACAUCAAAGAAAUGAAAGAAAAAGGUCUCCUUUACUCGGCUCCGUCGGUGAUUUUCCACGCGCAAAGCCAUAAAGUUGAAAGUGAAAAGUUGCAGUAUCCCCUUUGUGAAUUGAGCAUUGACCAAAUCGCGCGGAUUGAAGACGACUUUGUGCAAGCGGCCGCUAAUUGUCUCGACUUGGCCGGGUUUGACUUUAUUGAGCUCCACGGCAGCUCCGGCUUCUUGAUCGAGCAGUUUCUUUCCCCGAUUUCAAACACCAGAAACGACCAAUAUGGAGGGUCUCUUGAAAACAGAUGCCGGUUCUUGUUUGAAAUUAUCGACAAGUUGAUCCGCAAAUUGGGGAGCUUAAGCAAGGUUGGCAUACGAUUGCUGGCGUGGUCGGAACACUUUGGAAUGAUCUAUCCAAAGGGUGUAUAUGACGUUCAUCCUCCACUUUUGUUUUGCCAAUACGUUCUUGACCAUUUGGAAAAGCUCAAGAGACAGGGCUACGAAAUAGGCUAUGUUUCACUAACGGAGCCCAGAGUUUCAGGAAACAACGACCAGGACCCCAAAGACAACAGCAAUCAGUCGCUCGUUGACCGAUGGAGCGGGAAAUUGAUCAGGGCAGGCGGAUAUGCCUCCAACUAUAAAUCAAACACCGCGACCGCGACUGCCAACGCCAAUACUUGUUUGCAACAAGACGUCAACGCCGACGAUAGAACUUUGAUUGCAUUUUCCAGACCAUUCACCUCGAACCCGGACCUAAUCACGAGACUCAAGAAUGACUUGAAGUUGGACAAUUACCAAAGAGAGUUUUUCUACUCUCACCUGUUGCAAGGAUAUUUGACUUUCGGAGAUUACGUCGACGACACAGAAGGCUCCAACAGCUUGCCUUAUUCCGAAGAUGAGUUGCAAAGAGAAGGAACUCCUCUUGUAUAG